AUGGAUGAGCUCGACAGAUCAACUUACAAGGUUUCAAUCAUGAAGUCUACUCAACUAUCCUCCUUACUAUUCUCUCUACUAUCACUCACUGAAGGAAUUUCUCUUAACAAGAGAGACAAUGGCCUCGAGCCUCGUGUUAUGAGCGUGGAGAUUCAGAGGCGGACAAUAUCUGAUCCUAUUUCCAACGAUCGAAGACGUCUUCGCAAGAGAGACGGGACAAUAGACAUUGGUAUUGACAAUGAACAAUCUCUUUACUUCCUCAAUGCAUCAUUGGGAACGCCACCUCAAGAUUUCCGUCUUCAUCUCGACACUGGAAGCAGUGAUCUAUGGGUCAACGCAGAAGGCUCAAAACUAUGUUCUACUCACGCCAAUAUAUGCAGCGAAUCUGGUCUAUACAGUCCUAACAAGUCGUCGACUUAUGAGUAUUUGAACAGCGACUUCAACAUCUCAUAUGCCGAUGGCUCUGGUGCUUCCGGAGACUAUGCUACCGAGACGUUCCGCAUGGGUAGUGUAAAGCUUGAAGAUUUACAGUUUGGUAUCGGAUAUGUCACAUCUGACAACGAAGGCGUCCUUGGUAUCGGAUACAAGAGCAAUGAAGCUCAGGUCGGCCAACUCAACCGAGACGCUUACGAUAACUUGCCGGCCAAGUUGGCUUCCAAAGGUCUCAUCGCUUCUAAUGCGUACAGCUUGUAUCUGAACGACCUCGAGUCUGCCACCGGAACCAUCCUAUUUGGAGGCGUGGAUCAGGAGCAGUAUACCGGCGAUCUAGUCACUCUCCCCAUCAACAAGAUUAACGGCGAGUUUGCCGAGCUCUCCAUCACACUACAGAGCGUCAGCGCAGACUCAGAAACUAUCGCUGACAACCUUGACCUUGCUGUUAUUCUCGACUCUGGCUCAACACUCUCAUAUCUCCCCGCCACACUUACGUCAGACAUAUAUGAUAUUGUUGGCGCUCAGUACGAGGAGGGAGAGUCUGUGGCAUACGUUCCCUGCGAUCUUGGAAACGAUUCAGGAAACUUGACGUUCAAGUUCAAAGACCCGGCAGAGAUCUCAGUACCAUUGAGUGAGCUGGUCCUUGACUUCACCGAUGUGACAGGGCGCCAAUUAUCCUUCGACAAUGGCCAGGCAGCCUGCACUUUUGGAAUAGCACCCACGACAGGGGACAUUUCUAUCUUGGGUGACACGUUUCUCAGAAGCGCCUACGUUGUUUUCGAUCUUGAGAAUAACGAGAUCUCACUAGCACAGAGCAACUUUGACGCUACAAAAUCGCAUAUUCUCGAGAUCGGUACCGGAAAGCAUCCUGUUCCUACUGCCACUGGUAGUGGUUCUUCUGAUAACAAGGAAAAUGCCGCUGCGUCACUUUCACCAUUAGGAGGCGACGCAGCUAUUUCCAUGGUUGCUGGGGCCUUUGCUCUCGGGUUUGCUUGGAUGCUUAUUUAA